AUGGCCGCCAUCUCGGUUGUUGUCGCAAGCCGGAGCGCUCCCAAGCUUGAGGCGGCACGGCAAGGCUUCCAGCAGGUCACGAAUAGACCUUUGGAGCUUUCUGGAGUUGACGCAGACUCCGGCGUUUCCGCGCAGCCCCGUGGGCACGAGGAGACACGGCGUGGCGCGCUGCAACGAUUACGCGCUGCACGAGAAACGGCAGAUGGUGCCCGCGCUGACUUUUGCAUUGCGUUCGAGGGAGGGAUCGAAGAGGAUGCCCAUGGUCGCCAAGUCUGCUUUGCGAUUGUGUGUGCGCAGUUCCGCGAUGAUGACUUCAUCAGCGAGGUACGCAGUGCAACACAUUCCCUCCCUCCUGGGAUUGAGAAGCUGCUCAAUGAGGGCAUUGAGCUUGGCCUGGCUACUGAUCAGUUUUACGCAUCACGGGCUACUCAGCAGCUUUAG